ACUCCGGAGAACGGAAUCAACAGCUCGGAGUAGCGGAGAAUCGCGAGAGCACAGUCGCCGAGAUUUCGCGAGUAGUGUUGGACGUAAUAACUGUGCGUUGACGGUGUCGAAAGGGAAAAAAAUUGAGUGUAGUGAAGAUAAUCGCAGAAAAUAAAACGCAACAAGGCCACACCACAGUCAUCUUACGUUCCUAUACGCCCGCAGAAACCCUCGCUCCCGAAAUUGUUACAAAACUGCUUUCUAGUGUUUUUAAGUUUUUAUUUGCUUGCUAUUGUUUUUUUUUUCUGGGCGGAAUUGUGGUACCGUUAGUCAGAGGAGUAUAGGUAGGUAUAGUGGCUAAUCGAUCCCUGUACUCUCUCACGUGCGUUUUAUGAUUACCGAAUCCAUUGUCUGAUGACGGAGAAAAAGAAGCUGCCAUAGUGUCAGUGCCCCGUUGUCCCAAUAUACAGGAGUGGUUAUCAGUAUUAACAGUCCCGUUCGUUCGGUGGUAAAGCGGGACGCCCUUCUUUUGAGACAAGCAAGAUUGUAUAAACCCUUAUCGGCGGUGAGCUGGCACCAGGCAGGCAAGAGGCAGUGUUUCGUGUGGUGAUAGCGCUUUUGCGAUUGACCCUGAAAGUUACCGAAGCAAGAACGGGGAGAAACGGUACACGGUCGAAGUUUUGGUGCGGCUCGAAUUUGGAUUUUCGGAAUAGUUUGUCUGAAAGUUGUAGAGUGUAGUUCAAGUGUAUGCCGUAAUCAUUUCAGACCAGACCCUGCACGAGCUCAAAGCAGACGACAAGAAAAUCAGAGGCACUUGUCAUGGACCACUCGGAGCAUCACGACUAUACUCACCACAUGAACCAAUCAGCCGGAAGUGAAAUGCACGACGAGCACGAAGGACACCACGGAUCGAUGGAGCACAGCUUGCAGGAUCACACGAUGGACCAGGGAGCCGCAGCCCACGGAGGUGGUCAUGCCGGACAUAGUGGCAUGAUGCAUCAGAUGAUGUCAAUGGCGUUCCACGGGGGCUACAAUGAGACGAUCCUGUUCGACCAGUGGAAAAUCGACAGCCUGUCCGGGCUGCUGUGGUCCAUGUUGCUUAUUUUCAUCAUGGCGGCGCUGUACGAGGGACUCAAAUACUACCGGGAGUAUCUAUUCUGGAAGACCUACAAUGCACUGCAGUAUCGGCCCGUAACGGUGACGGAGAAGAAUCCCGUAAACGGCACCGUUGGGAACAACAAUGAAAGUGCGACGAAUGGUGGCGGCAGCGGUGACGACGCCUCCCGAGUUGUUCACAUGGUUGGCGAAGUGAUCCAUAAGCAACCCAGACCCACGAUGCUGUCGGCGAUGCACCUGUUCCAAACCUUCCUACACAUCCUCCAGGUAACGCUGAGUUUCCUGCUGAUGUUGAUCUUCAUGACGUACAACACGUGGCUGUGCGUUGCCGUCGUGCUGGGUGCUGCCCUCGGUUACUUCCUGUUCGGGUGGAAAAAAUCGGUAAUCGUUGACGUUACUGAGCACUGCCACUAGCAGCCCUGCAGACCCACGAAAGCCACCAUACGUUGCAGUCCCUCGGCGUCCGAUGCGGCAGCACUGUCGUAAAUAUGAUUCUACCGCCUCGUCAUGCAAUGUCCUGGUCGGGCAGGUGCAAGGUAGGUUACACCUGAUAGUGUGAGAACCGAGUCGAGGGUGGAUUUUCUCGUCAAAGUCGCAGCGGGUGGUGACUAACUUUGUAUAAGGGAUGCUUGUGAGUGAUAGUGGUGAAAAACACACGAUUUUAAAUGGUUUUCUACAAAUCGUUGGUACCGCGUGCGAGGCGUGUGAAAAUGGAAACUCAUCAAAACUGUUUUUAGAUUAAUUAUUAGUAAGAUUUAGUACAGAAAGACUUCAUUAGGCGUUCGAGUUUUAACUGGUCCAGUCCGGUUAGGUAGUUGUUUUGAUUUGAAUCCAGUUAUUUUUUACUUUUUUCGUUUUUUUUUUUUAAUAGCUAUUAUACGAAUAGAAGAUUCUCAGACUAAACAGAAAACACACACAUACAUAUUAUGCCGAAAACAACAAAGUAUAUAGUGUAUUGCGCUGUUAAACUGAGUUGCAAAAGCCAGCUGUAAAUUGGGCUCAAAAUCGUAGUUAUGUAUAAACAUCAGCAACCAGAAAAGGCUUAUACAGAUAAGAACGGGGUGUUGCGGAAACAAAACACCUGCACAUGGAAUUGUGUCGUAGGUGCUCAAUAGAGCACGAAAAAUUACGAAUUUUGUAAAAACAUACCUAAUAGCUUUAAGAAACAGAAUAUAUAUAUAUAUUAUUUUUAUCUAUAGGCUAGUACGGUUACCUAUGCAG